AUGAAGCUGGUCUUGAUCUUCGUCGUUGGUACCGUCUUCCAACCACAGCGAGGGAAGGCGAACCCCGAUCAUGAUCUCCGUCUGGUCCAAUCUUGGAUUUAUGUUGCCCAAUGGCGGCUCACAGGGCCCUCAGAGAAUGACGCUCUGAGCUUGGAUAGCCUGCAGGAACCCUCCCUAAAAGGGCUAUGGCGAUGGGUCUUCAUGGGUCCCGGUCCAUUUCCCAUCCCUCGGUCUGGAACUGAUCACACAACUCGAAGAAUUUCAUCUACCAUCUCACCAUUACUAGGAACCACUACCAACCCACAUAAUCUCCCACUACCUGAUAAAUCUCUGGACGAACUCACCCGCUCAUCCCGCUCCCCCAUCCUUCGCACAAUGCACCAUAUGCUCGCUCAGCUGCGCCAGAUCAUCGACCUCGGAACACCCAGUCUCAAAUGA